AGGAAAUAGAAUUGGCAGAAGGCGAAAAAGAAUCUCAAUCCACAAAAGUACUUGCAACCAUAUAACUAACUUGAAGAGACAAAGAGAAUGGGUUUAAAAAGGGUAAAAUGGGGUCCCAUGUUCCAAUACAGCGACAACCAUUUCACCAUGGCUUCUCUUCACAGAAAGCAAGCUCACCAUGCUUGCUUUCUUAUUAUUCUUUUUCUUUUCUUCUCUCUCCCAUCUUUCUCUGUCUCUAUCUCGGAAGCCGAAGCUUCGUAUCUCACUCGUCGUCAACUAUUGGCUCUAAAAGAACAUGAUGAACUCCCUGAUGACUUUAAAUAUCAACUUGACAUUGCCGACACUUUUCCAAAUGAGAGGUUGAAGAUGGCUUAUGUAGCCCUUCAAGCAUGGAAAUUAGCUAUUUAUUCCGACCCACAAAACAUGACUGCCAAUUGGGUUGGCGCCGAUGUUUGUUCUUACACCGGCGUCUUCUGUGCUCCGGCGCUUGAUAACCCAAACAUUGAGGUUGUGGCUGGCAUUGAUUUGAACCAUGGUGACAUUGCAGGGUACUUGCCUCCGGAACUUGGGCUUUUGACCGACUUGGCUCUCUUCCAUAUUAACUCUAACCGAUUUUGUGGGAUCAUUCCUUCUAGCUUCUCCAAGCUUGUACUCAUGUUUGAGUUUGAUGUCAGUAACAACCGCUUCGUUGGCCAUUUUCCUCUCGUUGUCCUCGAAUGGCCAAGUGCGAAGUACCUCGAUCUCAGGUACAAUGACUUCGAAGGAGAAAUCCCCUCCACACUCUUCACUAAGGAGUUCGACGCCAUCUUCCUAAAUAACAACAGAUUCAAUUCUCUAAUCCCUGAAACCAUUGGAAAUUCCACCGUCUCUGUUGUCUCCUUUGCCAACAACGAAUUCCACGGCUGCAUUCCUAGCACCAUUGGUCAAAUGUCUAACCUCAAUCAAAUUCUCUUCCUUGGCAACAAGCUCGGCGGCUGUUUUCCACCUGAGAUCGGAAACCUUGUCAAUCUCACAGUCUUCGACAUUAGCAGCAAUGGUUUCACAGGUCAAUUGCCAGAAUCCUUGUCUGGCCUCCAAAAUUUGGAGAUUUUGGACGUUAGCAACAAUGAAUUGAGGGGUUCUGUCUCUGCAGGCCUUUGCAAGUUACCUAAAUUGGCUAACUUCACUUUCUCCUUCAAUUACUUUGAUGGGCAAGAUACGGCGUGUGUUGCAUCUAAAGGAUCAGAGAAGGUCUUUAAUGAUGGUCAAAAUUGUUUGGCAAAUCGACCAGUGCAAAAAGAUGCAAACAAAUGUAGCACUGUCUUGAAGAAAUUAGUAGAAUGUGGCAAUUGUGGUGGUGGGUCAAGUUCUCCCGGUGUGCCGUCGACUCCUGAGGAUCCAUAUGAUCAGUCUCCAUCACCAAGAUACAGAUCUCCACCACCUCCGGUAGUCACUCCACCAUCUCCAAGUGAGACCUCUGUUCCAUCACCACCACCAGUCUCCUCUCCUCCACCUCCUGUUCAUUCACCACCACCCCCAGUCCACUCCCCACCUCCACCGGUUCACUCCCCACCUCCACCGGUUUACUCCCCACCACCUCCACCGGUCCACUCCCCACCACCUCCCGUCCACUCCCCACCCCCACCGGUCCACUCUCCACCACCACCGGUCCACUCUCCACCCCCACCGAUCCAUUCUCCACCUCCACCGGUCCAUUCUCCACCUCCACCGGUCUACUCUCCACCUCCACCGGUUUACUCUCCACCACCACCGGUCCAUUCUCCACCACCACCGGUUUACUCUCCACCCCCACCAGUCUAUUCUCCGCCUCCACCUGUCUACUCCCCUCCACCACCAGUUCAAUCUCCACCACCUCCGACUGCAUCUCCUCCUCCUCCUGACUCUUCACCACCACCAUCAUUUGAAGAUUCCAACACGACGACAACCCAUUUCACCAUGGCUUCUCUUCACAGAAAGCAAGCUAAUCAUGCCUGCUUUCUUCUUCUGCUUUUCCUCUUUCUCUCUCUCCCAUCUCUCUCUCUCUCUAUCUCGGAAGCCGAAGCAUCGUAUCUUACUCGUCGUCAACUAUUGGCUCUAAAAGCACAUGGUGAACUCCCUGAUGACUUCAAAUACGAACUUGACAUUCCCGAUACUUUUCCAAAUGAGAGGUUGAAGAAGGCUUAUGUAGCCCUUCAAGCAUGGAAAUUAGCUGUUUAUUCAGACCCACAAAACAUGACCGCCAACUGGGUUGGCGCCGAUGUUUGUUCUUACAUCGGCGUAUUCUGUGCUCCAGCGCUUGAUGACCCAAAAAUUGAGGUUGUGGCUGGCAUUGAUUUGAACCAUGGUGACAUUGCAGGGUACUUGCCUCCAGAACUUGGGCUUUUGACCGAUUUGGCUCUCUUCCAUAUUAACUCUAACAGGUUCUGUGGAAUCAUUCCUUCUAGCUUCUCCAAGCUUGUACUCAUGUUUGAGUUUGAUGUCAGUAACAACCGCUUCGUUGGCUACUUUCCUCUCGUUGUCCUCGAAUGGCCGAGUGCGAAGUAUCUCGAUCUCAGAUACAAUGACUUCGAAGGAGAAAUCCCCUCAACACUCUUCACCAAGGAGUUCGACGCCAUCUUCCUAAACAACAACAGAUUCAAUUCUCUAAUCCCUGAAACCAUUGGAAAUUCCACCGUCUCUGUUGUCUCCUUUGCCAACAACGAAUUCCACGGCUGCAUUCCUAGCACCAUAGGCCAAAUGUCUAACCUCAACCAAAUUCUCUUUCUCGGCAACAAGCUCGGUGGUUGUUUCCCACCUGAGAUCGGAAACCUCGUCAAUCUCACAGUCUUCGACGUCAGCGGCAAUGGCUUUAUAGGUCAAUUGCCAGAAUCCUUGUCUGGCCUCCAAAAGUUAGAGAUUUUAGAUGUUAGCAACAAUGAAUUAAGGGGCUCUGUCUGUGGAGGCAUUUGCAAGUUGCCUAAAUUGGCUAACUUCACUUUCUCUUUCAAUUACUUUGAUGGAAAAGAUGCGACGUGUGUUGCAUCUAAAGGAUCAGAGAAGAUCUUUGAUGAUGGCCAAAAUUGUUUGGCAAAUCGACCAAUGCAAAAAGAUGCAAACAAAUGUAGCACUAUCUUGAAGAAAUCAGUGGAAUGUGGCAAUUGUGGUGGUGGGUCGAGUUCUCCUGGUGUGCCGUCAACUCCUGAGGAUCCAUAUGAUCAGUCUCCAUCACCAAGAUAUAGAUCUCCACCACCUCCGGAGGUCACCCCAUCAUCUCCAAGUGAGACCUCUGUUCCAUCGUCACCACCGUCUCCAGUUGAGUCUUCACCACCAACCUCAACUCCAUCCUUACCACCUACCAUUGAAACACCUACUUCAUCUCCAGCUGAAUCUCCCCUACCACCACCGCCAAUCUAUUCCCCUCCACCGCCACCAAUUAGUUCCCCACCACCACCUAUCCACUCUCCUCCACCCCCUGUUCACUCACCACCACCACCGGUCUCCUCUCCUCCACCUCCUGUUCACUCACCACCACCACCAGUUUCCUCUCCUCCACCACCGAUUCACUCUCCACCUCCACCAGUUCACUCCCCACCUCCACCGGUUCACUCCCCUCCUCCACCGGUUCACUCCCCACCUCCACCUGUUCACUCUCCACCACCCCCCGUCUACUCUCCUCCCCCACCAGUUCAUUCCCCACCACCGCCUGUCUACUCUCCACCCCCACCAGUCCAUUCCCCACCACCGCCUGUCUACUCUCCACCCCCACCAAUCUACUCUCCUCCACCACCAGUCCUCUCUCCACCUCCACCCAUCUACUCUCCACCACCACCACCUGUUUACUCCCCACCGCCACCUGUUCAAUCUCCACCACCUCCGACUGCAUCUCCUCCUCCUCCCUCUUCCGAUUCUUCACCACCACCAUCAUUUGAAGACGUGAUCCUCCCACCAAAUAUCGGCUUCCAAUAUACAUCACCGCCUCCACCAAUGUUCCCCGGUUAUUGAGGAGUCUCAUCUCAAAAAAUCGUAAGUUUUAUUAAGAGCCAUUAGUUUUAUGACUACAUCAUGUUCAAUUGUAACCUUGUUUACUCUUUCCUAAAAAUUCAAAAUAUUACUUCUUUGUCAUAUACAUUUGACAUCUUUUUUUUUUUUAUUAGUGUAGGUUCAAUCUUCUUACUGAAAUGAAGAGAAAUUUUUUUUAUCCA